GAGAUCAGGAUGGUGGAGCGAUGAGGAUUUUCAAGUCGCUAGGAUGUUACGAUUGGGAUGCGAAGGUGAUGAUAGCCCUGACAGCAUUCGCUAUGAUGGCCGUGGCAAAGACAUCUCUAUCAGAAACUUUGGCUCCCUUCAACCGGCUGCCGCGAAUUACUGAAAAUAUACAAGUCCUCAUCCAAGCAGUAACAAAUCUUUCCAAGUGCAUCACUGAUGUCACUUGUCACUCUGAUAACAUAUCCGAUAGCAACCUUUCUCUUGUUGAGUGCAAGUUCGCUUUCCCUAUUGCUGCCUACUGGAUCAUUAGAAGUCUCGUUGCCUGUUCCAGUCACUUUACUUCCUUAACGGAUGACCAGAACGACGCCCACUAUAUCUCAUUUUUGGUCGGAGGAAUCAACAACCUUUACAGUCACAUCAAUGACCGCAUGCAAGAAAUUAAGAAGCAGAUAUAUCAACAGUCCUAUUUACAAAUAACGAUUCUCUUUGAGAUCGAGCAACAUACUAACUUACGAAUUUUGGAGGGAAUACACAACUCCAAGGAUGCCAAGCCCCUAGUCCAUCGUCAGAAGGGGAGGGUAACUCUCCAGGAGGUGCUUACUAAGAAGAUUGUCAUGUUGUACGUCUCGGAUCUCAGUAUCAUUACAAAAUCCGAGGAGCUAUCGAUGUUGAAGGCGAGAUACAUUGACAUGUGCUCUGUAAAACAACAUUCUCAUCAACAUCACGAGAUUGUUUGGCUACCUAUCAUAGACAAUUUUACUGAAGCCAUGAAGAAGACAUUUUAUGACUUGGUGGCCGACAUGCCUUGGUACGCUCUAAACCCAUUGUGUCUUAAACAAGAAGCAAAGCAAUACAUAAAAGAGAAGUGGAUGUACGAAAAGAAGACGUCGUUGGUGGUGCUACACCAAGGGAAGGUUGUGUGCCACGACGCCUUCCACCUGGUGCGUAUUUGGAAAAAACUAGACUUCUCCUUCACCGCCGAAGAAGCAAAUAAUCUUUGGAGUAACGUUUCAUGGAAGCUCAAUUUAUUUGAAGAUCAUUUUGAUACCACUACCAAGGAAUGGGUGAAGAAAAAUAAUGGCAUUUGUCUAUACGGAGGGAAGGACAUCGAAUGGAUAAAAAAAUUUACCACAGAAUUAAAGCGUGUCUCAGAGCUUAGCAAAACGCAACUAAAGAUAGUGUACAUUGGGAAGCAUGUGAAGGAGGUGAUGAAUAAGGCCAGAGUUGAAAAAUACAAUGUGGAUUGUUGGGAUGAGGCCAAGAUUUGCAAAUUCUGGGAACACCUUGAGAGUAUGUGGCAUUGCAAGAUGCAACACCAAAGCAACACCAGUAAUAAUGAUGUCAUCUUGCAGGAGCUUAUGAGGAUGAUAAGCUUCGGUAACAGUGAGGAGGGGUGGGCAAUAUUUAGCAAAGGAGCAUCAUCGAACAUUAUGAAGGCCCAUGGGAAAGAGCUUCUUGAAUGCUUUCAAGCAUGGGGAACAUCUAAAGAAGAAUUUUUUGUGGAACUAUCAAAAAAGUUCAGUAAUAUAAUACUGCCCGCUGAUCAUCAUUGCAUUAGCUUCGUACUCCCAAGAGAUGCUGCUAACUUCGAGGAGGAGGUGCUUUGUGUGCAGUGCCAAAAACCAAUGGAUCGGAGAAGUUUGUGCUCUAUCGCUAUUGCAAAUAAUCGGGCAAAGAGUACGUUGAAAACUUUAUUUAUUACUAGUCCUUUGUGACGAUUGUGAGUAUACCUAAAUAAAAUUGGACAUUGUUAUGUCCAAUCUAGCC